AAGGGGGCAGGAACGAUGGGGGUUAAAGGUCGGACGGAAGUUCAUAGAGCUUCCGCUGGCCUGCGCGAGCGGGAGGGAUGGCUAAACAUCAUCCGGACUUGAUCUUUUGCCGCAAGCAGGCCGGUGUCGCCAUUGGAAGACUGUGUGAAAAAUGUGAUGGCAAGUGUGUGAUCUGUGACUCCUACGUGCGUCCCUGCACCUUAGUGCGCAUCUGUGAUGAGUGUAAUUACGGCUCUUACCAAGGGCGCUGUGUCAUCUGCGGAGGCCCUGGCGUCUCAGAUGCCUACUACUGUAAGGAGUGCACCAUCCAGGAGAAGGAUAGAGACGGUUGCCCAAAGAUUGUCAAUUUGGGGAGUUCCAAGACGGAUCUCUUCUACGAACGCAAAAAAUACGGCUUCAAGAAGAGGUGAUAGGUGGGCCCCCUCCCUCCCCCCGCCCAGCUGGUGCAGCUGCCAGGACGACGCCCACCGUUGCCAACAGAGAGGGGGUGAGCCAGCGUGUCCCCGGAAUCGCCUGUCCGUACCCAGGCGCCUGGCCCCUCCGUCCUCAGGAUUGCGCGCCCCACACUCGGCACACAUGAGUGUGGGCUUUUCUGGAACGGGGGCGGGGCGAGGAUCGCUCUGGCACCACGAGCCCCUAAGACCAGCGCACACUCAGGGUUGAUGCCUUCGGUUUGAGGGGGCGGCAAUGAGCCCCCCCCCACCCCAGCCCCCCAGUGAGGAUGUGCUCCCUUGGCAGCUCUCACGGGUGAACCCGCUGGGGCCUCGAGUCUGCACGCCACGCAGAGCCGUCUGCUCACCCCGAGACGCUGGGAACCUCCUCGCUGUUGGAUUAAUAAAGUGGGUGUUUCCUUUC